AUUAGUGAUGAGAUUAGAGUCGUAGUUGAUGCUAAUUGGACGUGGAAUGAGUACCUGGUUCACACACUUGGAUGCAACAACGAGUUGUAGUAGUGUGUCGGUGUUGUCCGCUGUUUUGAGACGGCAAAGGUUCUUGAUAAGAUCUCUAGGAGGCAACCCUGACCAGAAUUGCAGUGUGAAAAUGAAUGUGUUUGAGGCUGAUGUUUUGAAUGUCAUCAGAAGGAUCACUCCUACCCUUGACUUAUCAAGACACAAAGGACAGGCUGGGAAAAUAGCUGUUGUUGGAGGUUGUCGAGAAUACACCGGCGCUCCUUACUUUGCAGCAAUCUCAGCUUUGAAAAUUGGUGCAGAUUUAUCACAUGUUUUUUGCACUAAAGAUGCAGCUCCAAUUAUUAAAAGCUACAGCCCUGAAUUAAUUGUGCACCCGGUUUUGGAGGAGUCAUAUAACGUCAAGGACGAGGACAAAGGAUUUAUUGCUAACAAGGUUCUUUCUGAAGUUAAUAAAUGGAUGGAACGAUUUGACUGUCUUGUUAUUGGCCCAGGCCUCGGUAGAGAUCCAUUUCUUUUGGAUUGUGUGAGUGAAAUUUUGAAACAUGCUCGGCAGUUGAAUAUCCCACUUGUUAUAGAUGGGGAUGGGCUAUUUCUUGUGACCAAUUCUCUUGGUCUGGUUAGUGGUUAUCCUUUGGCUGUGCUUACACCAAAUGUGAAUGAGUACAAGCGCCUUGUGAAGAGAGUUUUGGAUUGUGAAGUAAAUGAUGACGAAUCUGCAGCCGAGCUAUUGUCUCUUGUUAAAGGGAUUGGAGGUGCAACAGUUCUGAGAAAAGGAAAGUCUGAUCUCAUUUGUGAUGGUGACUCAGUCUUUUCAGUGAGCAUCUCAGGUUCUCCUAGGCGCUGUGGGGGGCAGGGUGAUAUACUUUCUGGAACUGUUGCUGUAUUCUUAUCUUGGGCUCGUCAACACGUUUUACUUGCUGAGGAAGAUCUGGGAAUAAGGACGAUGAACCCCACGGUGAUUGGAUGUGUAGCUGGUUCUGCUUUAUUGAGAAAAGCUGCAUCGAUAACAUUUCAGAAUAAGAAGCGAGCAACUCUUACAAGUGAUAUAAUUGAGUAUUUGGGGAUGAGUUUGGAUGAAAUCUGUCCAAUGUAGCUAGUGACUUUGCAACUUGCUUGAAGUAACCAGGCUGAAUUCAUGUUUUGCAUAAUGAUGUUUUGCCGACUAUACUUCCUAGUUCAUGUAGAUUGUAAAUAACACGGUUGUUGUAGCUUGUAUGUCACGUCUAAGUGAUUGCUGUAUGAAUAUACCUAAAGCCGAGGUUGGAUGUUUACUCUGGUGUACAACAAACUCAGUGUCAGACCGUGAUUUAAAGAUGAAGAGAGUUCUUAAUUUGC